AUGGGCAGCGAUCUCGAUCUGCAGAUCGAACAGCUCAAGAAAUGCCAGCCGCUCUCUGAAACGCAAGUCAAGGAGCUCUGCCUCAAAGCACGCGAGAUCCUCAUCGAAGAAGGCAAUGUACAGCAUGUCGAUGCACCUGUGACGAUAUGCGGCGACAUCCACGGACAGUUCUUCGACCUCAUGGAGCUGUUCAAGCACGGCGGCAUGUGCCCUGAGACCAAUUACCUGUUCAUGGGUGACUUUGUCGACCGCGGCUUCUACUCGGUGGAGACGUUUCUGCUGCUGCUGGCGUUGAAGGUGCGAUAUCCGGACCGCAUAACCUUGAUACGUGGCAAUCACGAGUCGAGGCAGAUCACGCAGGUGUAUGGAUUUUACGACGAGUGCGUCCGCAAGUACGGCAGCGUCAAUGUGUGGAGGUACUGCUGCGAAGUGUUCGACUUCUUGGCGUUGGGAGCCGUGGUGGACGGCAGGGUGUUUUGCGUCCACGGCGGCCUGUCACCCAGCAUCACCACCUUGGAUCAGAUCCGAAGUAUUGAUAGGAAGCAAGAGGUACCGCACGACGGCGCCAUGUGCGAUCUCCUAUGGUCCGACCCCGACGACAUCACCGGGUGGGGCAUGAGCCCACGUGGAGCAGGAUACCUCUUCGGCGGCGACGUCGUCCAGCAAUUCGCCCAUACCAACGACCUCGACCUCAUCGCAAGGGCACACCAACUCGUCCUGGAAGGGUACAAACUCAUGUUUGACCAGACCAUCGUCACCGUCUGGUCCGCACCCAACUACUGCUACCGCUGCGGAAACGUCGCCAGCAUCCUCAAGCUCGACGACGCGCUCAAUCAGAAAUACGAAACGUUCGACGCGGCCGCUCAGGAAGCGCAUGGCGUUCCGGCCAAGAGGCCGGCGCCAGAGUACUUCUUGUAG